AGGUCAUGUAGAUGAAGCGAUGAAAAUGGUCGAGGAGAUGUGCAAGAAGGUACAUGACGUAAAACCUUUCAGGAUUAAGGCCCUAAUGAUGGAGAAAUUUCAUCGUAACAGCGACAUUCUUGCAAAAUCCUAUGAAGAUAUCUUAAAGAUUGAUCCUAGUUGUGUAACUACCCUUAAGAAGCUUAUUGGAAUGUGCAUGGAAGAUGAGUAUAGUAGAGAGUCACUAAUCGAAAUGAUAGCAUUGCAUGUAGAAGCUUCGUUUCCUGAGCCUGAAAUCUGGAAGGAGUUAGCCUCUUGCUUCAGUCACUUCUUUGAGAAUCUUGAUGAAGACAGAAUGUCUGUAUGCCUCGACGACAGAUCUGGAGAUAAACGGAACCAACAAACAUAUUCUGUUCGAUACAACCCGUCACCAAAAAUGUUCACCAGUACAUUCUGGGCUCUUCGGGCUAAGUGGUGGCUGAACCGCCAUUUCUCCCCAGGAAUGCUCGAGACAGAAAUAAAAAACGGUAUGUUGAUAGGAGAUUGGGAGAUGAUGAGUUACAAAGCGGCAUGUGCAAGUCACAUCUACGGACGAGACUUUGGUUAUGUAACAAAAGUUUACGAACUGUUAAAGAAUAGCAACAACAGAGAGUUUUUCAACUUCUUGCGGGAACACACGCACAGAAGGAACUGGAACACGAUUUACAAUUUUGAAUAGUGUGAUUUUUUUGCCAAACAAUUUUGAGUGUGUGAACCCAUUAUUUUUUUAGUUUUACAUGAUAGAAGAUGUAUAUCGAUUUUGAGUAACACUUUUGAGUGUUGAAUGUGUGAA